AUAAAGGCCCGGCCUGCGGGCUCGGUGCCAGUGGCACCAUGGCAGCUGCGAGGGACACGGCGCUGCUGGCCUGCAUCCUCUUCCUCGGGGGCACGGCGCUGGUGGCCACAGAACAACCAGAAGCAGAGACCAAAUACGGGAGAGUGCGAGGGUUCCAAUUCAAAGUGGACACAGCUGACAGGACUGUAAAUGUCUUUUUGGGACUUCCUUUUGCUAAGCCUCCAGUUGGAUCACUGAGGUUUUCUGAACCCCAGCCACCUGAGCCAUGGGAAGGUGUCAGAGAUGCCACUUCCUACCCACCAAUGUGUCUACAGGACCAAGUACAAGGACAGUAUUUUUCAGACAUGAUUACCAACAGAAAAGAGAAAGUUCCUCUGCAAGUGUCUGAGGAUUGCUUGUACCUAAAUGUGUACUCACCCGUUUCUACAGGAAAAAAGGAGAAGCUGCCUGUCUUAGUAUGGAUUCAUGGAGGUGGAUUAGUUUUUGGAGCAGGUUCAUCAUAUGAUGGCUCAGCAUUAGCAGCCUUUGACAACGUGGUGGUUGUAACAAUUCAGUACAGACUAGGUAUUGCUGGAUAUUUUAGCACUGGUGAUGAGCAUGCCCGAGGUAACUGGGGAUAUUUUGACCAAGUGGCUGCUCUUCGGUGGAUUCAGGAAAAUAUCAUGCAUUUUGGAGGAGAUCCAGGAUCUGUCACUAUCUUUGGAGAAUCUGCAGGGGGAAUCAGUGUUUCCGCUCUUGUCUUAUCUCCCCUGGCCAAGGGCUUGUUCCACAAGGCCAUUUCAGAGAGUGGCACUGCAGCCCUGGGCUUGUUCACUGACCAGCCUAAGGAGGAUGCACAAAAAAUUGCUGCUGUCUCUGGCUGUGACAAAUCCAGUUCAGCUGCAAUGGUUGAAUGCUUGAGAGGAAAAACAGAAGAAGAACUUAUACAGAUAACGCUGAAAAUGGACAUGUCAGCACUGCAGAUCUGCAAUGACACCUCGCCUGAAAAGUGGAAACAGGAUUUCUUUUUCAUCAGUGCAUGUGCAGAUGGUGUAUUUUUUCCAAAGAGUCCCAGGGAAUUACUAUCUGAAAAAUCAAUCAAUGAGGUCCCAUACAUCAUAGGAGUAAAUAACUGGGAAUUUGGAUGGGUACUUCCUACGAUGAUGAAAUAUCCUCCUUUCGCUGAUGGUCUGGAUAAAGAUGUCGCACGUCAAAUUUUACAGAGCAACUUGGCAUUAUUCAUUAAGGGCCUUACGUCCGAAGUUGUUGACAGAGUGUACAAGGAGUACAUGGGGGCUGCAGAAAGCCCUGCUCAGGUCCGAGAUGGCCUCCUGGAUGCAAUGGGAGAUGUCUACUUUGUCAGCUCAGCUGUGGAAGUGGCCAGAUACCACAGAGAUGCUGGCAACCCAGUGUACUUUUAUGAAUUCCAACAUCGGCCGAGUUCAGUGGAAGGUUUGGUACCAGAGUUUGUAAAAGCAGAUCAUGGAGCUGAGAUUGCCUUUGUCUUUGGAAAGCCAUUCUUAGCUGGAGGUGCUACAAAAGAAGAAAAUGAACUUAGCAGAACUGUUAUGAGAUACUGGACCAACUUUGCUAAAAAUGGAAAUCCCAACGGAGAGGGCUUGGUCCAUUGGCCUCAGUAUGACCUGGAGGAAAAAUACCUGGGAAUAGACGUGGAGCAAAAGGCAGCAGAGAAACUGAAAGAACACAGAGUGGAGUUUUGGGCACAGCUCAUGAAACAAAGUCAGACUGGACGGAGAAAACACACAGAUUUAUAAGAGCCGUGGAGGGUACAGUUUGCUUUUUAAAGCCAAAGGAAAGUCAAACAAAAUGAGUUUGGCAGCAUACAGAGUAAUAAUCACCUUCUAACUCACUGUUGUGUAAUCUGCUGUCCUAAUCACAGUGAAGGGAGAGAAACAAGGCCCAUUCCGCAUGUUUGUCAGACUGAAAAUCACUAUUUAAUGAAGCAGGAAGAAAAGAAAACCCCACCAUCUUUCCAGGUCCAGACAGACCAUGGCACCUACUCAGUGCAUACCAAAACUGAAUACUGAGGUGGGAAUGGGCAAAUGAACUGAAAUCUCUAAGAAAUGAUCUCUACAGAGUAUACCAUAAGUGUCAGACUAUGUUAUAUGCUUCUUCCCUUCUUCUUUCAGAAGAGCCUGGUCAGUUGUCCUUCCUAGAGACUCCUUCUGCUUUCCUUAACUGGAAAUAGCUUGUAGGCAGCAGAGCAUCCCUCACACUAGGUCUGUGAGGUGGGCUUGACAUCUCAAAGAAGAGGGCAGAAAACCUCUACUUGUUUUAUUGGUUUGUGAAUUGUUAUGAUUAAAUGUUGCUUUGAUUUU